GGCUAAGACUUUUCCCUCCCGUUACGCCUGUACAACCUUUUUAACUGUCAGGGGAUCACAUCUACACAACAGGUUACCCCUCUUUCCUUGUUUUUUGUUGUUUUGUUUUUGUACCACAUUGAAACAAUGGAUGAUAGUCCACUGCAAGUUCUGACUCUACCCACAGCCCCUUACCCAGACCAGAGACCAGGUACUAGUGGUCUGAGAAAGAAGGUGUUUGUCUUCCAGUCCAAAAGGAACUACCUUCAGAACUUCGUCCAGAGUAUAUAUUCCUCCAUCGAUCUGCUAGACCGCCAGGGGUCCACAAUGGUAGUUGGGGGAGACGGACGCUACUUCAAUCAAACAGCCAUCGAGGUCAUUGUUCAGAUGGCAGCUGCGAACGGGGUUGGACGGCUCGUGAUUGGUCAUCAUGGGAUCAUGUCCACGCCAGCGGUUUCCUGUGUGAUCAGAAAGUACAAGGCCAUCGGCGGUAUCGUCCUCACAGCCAGUCACAACCCUGGGGGACGCGAAGGAGACUUUGGCAUCAAGUUCAACACUGCUAAUGGAGGCCCAGCCCAGGAUGCGGUCACCAACAGAAUCUUCCAGAUCAGCAGAACCAUAGAGGAGUAUGCCAUCUGCCCAGAGAUCCGGGUAGACUUGGCUACCCUGAGCAAACAGACGUUUGAUCUGGAGAACAAGUUCAAACCCUUCACAGUGGAGAUAGUGGACUCGGUAGAGUCUUACGCCAACAUGCUAAGGAACAUCUUUGACUUUGCUGCACUGAAGGAGCUGCUGUCUGGGGAGAACCACAUCAAGAUCCAGCUAGAUGCCAUGCAUGGAGUGAUGGGUCCCUAUGUGAAGAGGAUACUGUGUGAGGAGCUAGGCUCCCCUGCGAACUCUGCCAUUAACUGUGUCCCCCUGCAAGACUUUGGGGGCCAGCACCCUGAUCCCAACCUCACCUAUGCAGCCGACCUGGUUGAGACCAUGAGGGGUGGCCAGUACGAUUUUGGAGCUGCCUUUGAUGGUGACGGUGACCGUAGCAUGAUUCUGGGUAAGCAUGGCUUUUUCGUCAACCCCUCGGACUCGGUGGCUGUCAUCGCUGCCAAUGUCUUCAGCAUCCCCUACUUUCAGCACACAGGGGUGAGAGGCUAUGCCCGCAGCAUGCCCACCAGCGCUGCACUGGACAAUGUGGCCAGGGCAACAAAGAUUGAACUUUACGAGACCCCCACGGGGUGGAAGUUCUUUGGCAACCUGAUGGACGCAGGCAAGCUGUCACUGUGCGGAGAAGAGAGUUUCGGCACAGGCGCUGACCAUAUCCGUGAGAAGGAUGGACUUUGGGCCGUGCUGGCAUGGCUGUCAAUCCUGGCAACGAGGAAGCAGAGUGUGGAGGAUAUCAUAAAGGACCACUGGCAGACGUUUGGCAGGAACUUCUUUACCAAGUAUGACUAUGAGGAAGUCGACCUGGAUGCAGCCAUUCAGAUGAUGGAGGAUCUGGAGCUGAGGAUACUGGGGAAGGCCUUUAUGGGCCAGCGGUUCGCUGUGGGGGAGAAGCUCUACCAGGUGGAGAAGGCAGACAACUUUGAAUACACGGAUCCCGUAGACGGGCGCAUCUGCAGAAACCAAGGCCUGAGGAUAAUAUUCACAGAUGGCUCCCGGAUCAUCUACAGGCUCAGUGGGACAGGGAGUAUGGGGGCAACAGUUCGGGUCUACAUCGACAGCUAUGAGAAAGACCCUGACAAGAUCUUCCGAGACCCACAGGUGAUGCUGGAACCCUUGGUUACCGUAGCCCUGAAGGUUUCACAGCUUCAUGAGAGGACAGGCCGCAGUGGCCCAUCAGUCAUCACAUGAUCAUCCAUUACCACCCCUGCCCUUCCUAAUAAAAGCCUCAAACUACACUGUCUUUUCCCCAUCCUACCUUCCCUGAGAUGGUCAUUUUACCCUUCAUCCAAAGCAUCUUUGUGCGAUUUUGUACUUUCAGAUCAACCCCAACUAUCACCACUCAGCUUCUUAUUAAUUGAGAAAGAGUGAACUGUACCAAAAAUAAAACAUUCUCAACUUUGUAUUUAGUUGUUGGUGUUAUUAGUGAAAUCCCCAUUGAUCAGGGCUAGCCAACCUUGUUCCUGGAGAGCUGCUGUCCUGUAGAUAUUCACUCCAAAAACCUACAGGAGGGUAUCUCACCGGGAACAGAGAGUUGGAGAGUCCUGCCAUAGAUGGUAUAGGUCUACAUACAGUAGCAUGGGAAAUUCCCCAAUAAAUCGGUAAUGAGAAGGCCUUGGUCUUUAUAAAUCUUGCAUCAUCAAAAUGAAAGAAACAUUCCAUAUCGAAACUAUUUCAAUACAGAAAUAUUGAUAUGCCUGUUCUGUCUUUAAAGUGGGAUUUAAGAUUAAGCGCUUUCUGUAAUACUAUCUAGAACUACCAUACUAUAAAUGGGUCGUUUUAGGUACACUACAUCAAGUGAAGUUGAGAAGUAUGUAGCCUAGGCUAGGACUAUUUGUCGGCUGUCUGGCUCCAUCCAAAGCAGUUCUUCCCACCAAAUUGGCUGACAACAGCUUCGAAACAUAUCAACUUGCUCCAUUGUUCUCCUGUAAAGAAUGUGUUCAAGUGUGCCUAGCUCCAAUGCAAUAUUGUACCAUGGAAAGCAUGCAUUUGUUGUAUGAAAUAUUGCCACAUACUGCUGUCAAGUUGUGUAGCAAUGAAAACAAAACUGCAGACAGCAGAUCUAACAGUGAGUUUUUCUAACUUUGUUUACAGCUAUUUUACACUUUUCUGUACCCAUCAUAUCUUCAGAUAUUAGGUCAUCCUACCUGUGUGUGCUUGUAAAAGCGUUUUCACUGGAACAAGUGUGUAUUCAUGUCACCUUCAAAUAACCUGUGAGCACUGAAAAGUCAUUGUUUUUUAUGCAGGUGGAGGCAAAGCCAGUGAGUGACAACUCUGAGUGAAUGGGAGGCUAAAGUGGAGGGACUGAAGGACACCUUGUCGGAAGGUGUGAUAUGGCAUGGAGUGUUCAGAGCAUCCCCCCCAAAAAAGUAUAUUGUUGAUGAUGAUCAGCUACUGAUGAUGAUGAUUAUAUGGUGUCUACACUUGGUGUCUAUAUAUGUGUCUACACUUUAUUUUUUUUAGAAUCUUUCUGUUCUAUAAGGUGUCACAGUUUAGUGAGGCUUAUAGCUCUGUCCCCUCAACUGUCGAGUUCAGCAUCGUCCCCUUCCACACCAAUGGUGAAUUGUCAGCAAUACUUCAUCUAUUGCCAUGAUAGUGUCAUAAAAAGGAAACUGUUUCCCUAUCUGUUUUGGCUGAAGUGGACAAGGACGCAGGUAGGACCAUGUUUCCCCUGCCUGGGCAGCGAGUGGAACCCCAGCAUCUCAAUUAGCAGCAUUCUACUCAGCGUAAUACAGUACUGCACAUUUUUUUAAAUAUAAUAAAGUCCCCAGAGAGCUAGGGUCGAACAUUUGCAGGGAAAUAUUCAUGUCCUUACAGUGUUUUUGUAUGCGUAUUUAAUCAAUAGAACUGCAGUUAGUUACAUUUUGCUCGUGCAAUUCCACUAGUGUUUGUCUUGCAAAUCACUUCUGGAGCCUUGAGUCAGCCUACGCAGAUUUGUCUGUCCCUAAUAACGCGUAGAAGUGUUUAUUAACAGCGGUUAGUAUAUAAAAAGCAGUACUAUUUACAAUGUUCAUAGACUUAUAGUAUCCACUCUGAUGUUGGUCUCCUCUCCUAUGUCCCCUCUCCUAACCAUGCUGUCCAACCCAGUCCUGGAGGGAGAAGUGAACCCAGAGGCUGCUGACAUGCUCUGAUCCAGCCCCUCCACCUAUCAGUAUUUUAUAAAUGCUUAUUUAUUGGUUAGAGAGGAACAGAGCCUGGACUCUGCGACAGAGCCUGGACUCGAACCAGGUUCUAUAGUGGCACAGCUAGCACUGUGAUGCAGUGCCUUAAACCACUGCACCACUCAGGAGGCCCUGGGGAGCUCAUUAAAGCAUUACAGUACGGUGCUCCCCUCUCAUCGGGAAGAGCAGGAAACCCCUAAAAGUACAAUUGUUUCAUUCUAAACAGAACCAUUACUUUUCUUGUUCUGUUCCGCUGUUCCGACCAGAGUUUGAGAGCUAGACCAGAGCUAGCUAGCUAGCUAACAACCUUGUGUGAGCAGAGCGCCACCAAAAUAAAAACACGUCUUACCUUUUUAUUGAUAAUAAAGCCAAUGUGAAACGUGAAAACUAUAGUAUCCUUAACUAGCUUUGAAAAAAGUGAAUCUAUUCUUCUCUUGUUAAAAAUCUCUCUCCCUAAUUUCUGAAUCAUGCUUGUAACGUCUGUAGCUACAGUAGACUCUGCAUCGGAGGGAGGGGAGGGGCAGGUAGCCUAUACACACACUGGCGAAGAUUUUCAGCCGGCAGACAGGCAGAUAUUGGAAUACGUUAACAUUAUAACAUUAUUAACCCGUUCCCAUGCUUGUAAAAUAAUGGUUCAGUUCCGAAACAGUAUAGAUCAAUUUCGUUCUAGGUUCUGGUUCUGUUCCUAUUAAAGUUUCUGGUUCUGUUCCCUGAACCUGUCAAGUACUGUCAUAGAGCCCAAUGCCUAAGUGGAGACUCAUGUAGACCACAUCCCCCUGCUCCAGCACAUAAUUAUGUUGAUGGUCAGUGUGUACAAUAUUAUGCACAACUUUUUGGUCAUUUGUGGUACAGGUUUACUCCCAGGCUUACUCGUUGCAAAUUGCGGUAUCCCCAGGCAGUGAAUCUGAAGUAGUAGACUCUUCACACUGGUGCUUCUAAGUGACCUGUAAUUUGGUUGUAGGCCGUGCCAAUGUUGGUGAUGACUCUCUUGUAGUAGAUCAGUUGGGUUUCAGUAAUGAAUGGUCCUACAAUUCCUGAAUCAAUCAAACCAACAGAGAAGGCCACCUUUGGUCUGUCUUUUCUCCCUCUUCGGCUCCUCCACCUGUUGUAACUUUAAUGUGUUACAGAGUUAAUGUUUAAGUUUAUUCAUUGAGCUGUAUCUAAAUAUAUUUCUUUACAGUUAUUUGCCUAUGUAAUUGUAUUGGGUUGUGUUGAAUUACGCUUUUUGACUGCAAGUUCCAGAAUGCCUUGCGAGAGGAAUGAGAGAGAUAACACGCCAAUUAUGUGCAGGUGUUGAUUGUGGUUGACUUUCCGAUAGCAUCUUACCUGCAUUGCUCUGUACCAAAACAAAGUUGUUAAAUGUAACGUGAACAAGUAUUAUUACUAAAAAAGAAGCUUUCGUAUCAAA